AUGGCGGCGGCGCGCCGUGUGAGGGACGCUGCCUCCCUCCUGAGUGGCACAGGUGCGCCAGCUCUGCUAGAACUCAGCCCCCUCCCGCUGCUGAGAACCAGACUUAAACCCAGUCUCCUCCUUUUGGUUCAGAUAACCCUGGGCCGGAGGCCACUUGCAGCCGAGCGGCGGCAGCCAGACGGGCCAGCGCCGGGCUCGGCGGAGCUGGGCGGCGCUGGCGGCUCGGCCCCUACCCUCCACGUCCGCCUCGGCCGUGAGGCUAGGGCGUCAGGACGAGGCGCCCCGAGACCCUUCUUGUUAGCACCUGCGUUGCCCCCUUUCCGAACUCCCCACACGGGGGGCCAGGGCCGGGCGGUCCCAUCCGGCAUCCGGCGCCGUGGAGCGCUGGGAGGGAGCGGGUGCCGCGAGGGGGGCGGCUUCCGCGGGGAUAGCGGUCCGCUCGCAGGCAGUCGGCGCGGCUGUGGAGGCGGCCACGCACAGCUCAGCCCGGAGGCUUCUCCGAGUGCGCGGUCCGACGCCGUCACGCUGCAGGCGUCCCGGGCCCCCCGAAACCCCGGCGCCUGCGGCUGCGACCAUGCUCGUGACCUCCGCUGUGAAGUCGCGGCCGCACGGUGA